AUGCGGUUACCGACGCUCAUCCAGUGGUUUUCUGGUGCAAGCAUAGUCUUAGCGGACUUUGUCAACACGACGAUUGACGACAAAUACGGCGAUCCCGACACCGGGGCUCUCGUGACUUACUCUCCGGCACUCAGUUGGAACGAUGGUUCGACAUGCAAGGCGUGCACGGCGCGUUUCGACAAGAGUAAAACCUACAUGGGAACAUGGCACGAUGGGACUUUCGCCUUGACGAAUGCUACGAACCCCACGCCGGGUGCAAUACUUACAGCCUCAGUACCAUUUACUGGUAGCGCGGUGUACGUCUACUGUAUCCUCGGCCACAGCUUUGAGGGCCCAAAUACUAACACCGAUAUGACGUUCUUGCUCGAUGGUCAACAAGUUGGGACCUUCAAGCAGAAGCCGAACGGAAGUUCCACCUGGGACUACGAUGUCCCCGUCUACGUCAAUGCCUCCAUUCCCUACGGCGCCCAUACACUGUCCAUAGAGAACGGCCACGCUGGGGAAAAAUCGUUGGUCAUCCUCGACUACGUCGUUUACACACACGAGGCAGCGCCCGAGAAGUCAAGCAGCAAAACGGCGAUUAUUGCCGGCGCGGCAGCCGCCAUCGUCGUCGUGGUGCUGAUAAUAUUUGCCGCCGUAUACUUCACCAAGCGCCGAAUGCGGGGGAAGCAUACACGGCAACUCCCCCUCGACCUGACGGAGCAGUUCAGGCCACCACGGGAGGAUGAUCCGUCGUGGCGACCAACGCCCCUUGACUUCACGCCCCCGCCCUCGCGGCAUCCCUCCGCGCAAAAUCUCCUGAUGCACAGCCCAUCCUCGGAAUAUGAGAACACAGAGACUGGGUCCGUUAUGACGUGGCCAAGACGACCGGUGUCUGCGGGGUCGUCGGUGGUCCCAAAGUUGCCUGCAGAGGGAUACCUGGCUCAGGGUUCUCCCAACCCACCGCUCUCAGAGAAGGCUCAGUUGGCGAAGCUGCGGUUGCAGAACCCGUCUGAGGAUCAAGAGCUCCCUCCUCCAGCGUACAGCCCAGGACCAUCAGAUAGCUAUAGCGCAUAUAGACAGUAA